UUUUAUUAUUAUUUUCUUAAACUAUUUUUUUUUUAGCAAUAAAUACUUAAUCAAAAAUAAUUUGGAUGGCUCUUAACAUAUCAUGUUAUCAUCCUUUUUAAAUCAUGUUUUAUUGUUGCAUACAAAACGACCAUUUUUCCUUCUUGACUAUCUAAAGAAUACUAGAGGUAUCAAUGUGUUUGGAAGAUAUGGACAAAAGUCAGCACAACUAAAGCCUUUAGCUGUUAUUACAGAUUUCCAGAAAAAAGAUGAUAAAGAACCAAAAAACCUGAAACCUGAUGAAUGGACAGAAGUGAAAUCUACCACUUUCAAGGAAAAGCUUGAUAUAUAUUCAAAGUUGUCUAAAGCCAGACUAACUGGCCUUGUAGUUCUUACUGCAGCAGCUGGUUAUGCAAUUGCUCCGGCACCAAUGGUACCUCUUGCAUUGAUGUGUACUGUGAUUGGGACAACACUUUGUUCUGCAUCUGCUAAUUCAUUAAAUCAGUUUUUAGAAGUUCCUUAUGAUUGUCAAAUGUCAAGAACAAGAGAUAGAGUUUUGGUGCGAGGGCUUAUAAGGCCUAUGGAUGCUGUGUUGUUUGGGUUGGGUACAGGAACUAUUGGUGUCAUGACUUUAAGUUUGGUUAAUCCCACUACAGCUGUCCUAGGAGCUCUUAAUAUUUUGUUAUAUGCUGGCAUUUACACACCAUCAAAGAGGUAUCAUAUUGCUAACACCUGGAUUGGAUCAUUGGUUGGUGGUAUCCCACCUCUUAUGGGAUGGGCAGCAUGUACCGGUGGUUUAGAUAUGGGUGCGCUAGCAUUAGCUGCUAUUCUCUAUUCUUGGCAGUUUCCUCAUUUUAAUGCUCUUAGCUGGAGUUACAGACCAGAUUACUCAAGGGCUGGUUACAAAAUGAUGUCGGUGACAGACCCGGCGUUAUGUCGUCGAGUAACGCUGCGUCAUGCCGUAGCUCAAAUCCCUAUUGCUGCAGUUGUUUCUCUACUUGGAGUUUGUCAUUGGUGGUUCUUUUUUUUGGCUCUACCUUUUAAUACCUAUUUAACGCUUUUGUCUUGGCGUUUCUAUAAGUCUUCUAAUAACAAUACAGCGCGAAGUUUGUUUCGUUUUACGUUAUUACACUUGCCUGUUAUAAUGUUGUUAUUACUAAUAAGCAAGAAAAGAAGCAAAGAAAAACCCCUGUUAUCGGGUGAGACGAUUGAAGAUACCUUCAAAAAUUAAUAAAUUUUUGCAAAACAUGCUUUUUAAAUUUUUUGUUGUUGUUUUGUAAAUCAAAGGUUUUUGACUUUUGGAUUUACUAAAAUGUGAAUAGACUAGAAAAUUUAUUUUUAA